AUGACAGACAAAACCCGCCGACUAGAUUUCAGUUUUUAAUUAUACAAUAUUUAAAUCAAAAUGGCGAAUCAAAACGUUCAAGAUAUUCUGAAUUAUUUGAAUCAAAAUGCCGUGGCCGCGCAAGAGAUUAAUUUUGAUUUCGCGGAAUGGGAGAACAAUUUGCAACAACAGUUCAACAAAAACAAUAGCAAUGGCAUUGUAAGUUCAAUUAAAAGGUACAUAGAAAUGGUUAUGACUUGUACUGCAAAUAAACCUUGUAAAGAGCAAAUAUUAUCUUCCAGAGUGUACUUUAAUCGAUUAUUGCCCAUUUUGCAACGUUUAUUAGAGACUACUGUUCUAAUAAAAGUCACCCAAAUGAUAUUAGACAUAAUUAUUGUGGAAAAUCGGUGUAUUUGGUGCAUCAAGAAAGAAUUAUUGAAAAUUUAUAACAACUGGUUUUUGGAAAAGGAAAUAGACGUUAGGAAUGAUGUAAUCAAACAACUACCUCCCAUAUAUUUGUUUAAAUUGAUGGACUCCAUUUGCACCAAUGGAGAUUACGAUUUGCAAAAGACUAUUAUUGAAACAAUACACGGAUUAUACCCUAUGGAUAUUUUACUAUCGAAUCGUGAAUUAUUGAUACCGGAAUCUGAAGAAUUAUGCCAAACUUUCCUAAAUGUCCAUUCAGAAACGUUCAACAGAGAUUGCAGAUUAUUUUUGAAUGCUAUGAACAAAAAAAAGGAAAAAAUCUACUCAAUGUUCUGUUGUAAAUACAUUCAAAUUGGAGACACCUGUUGCAAACCUCCCGAGAUAAACGAAGGCGGCCUUUGGGUGGAUUUUAAUUUGGAAGAUAAAGCCAUUUCAUGGUAUUAUAACAAAGCGCAGAAUUUAGAUGAAACGAGUUGGGAGCUGGUCACCCUAUUCGCAUCGGACGUAGAUAAUUAUAGCUGGGAAAUAGAUGAAAGCCAAAUAAAUGAAGUCAAAGUACAUUUGAAAUUAAAAGGCGAUCUUGUGUUGUCGUCCCCAAAUCAUGAUUUGUUUGUAAGGCAAGCCAAAAGCGUUACAAUUAUAGCAGAAAAUAACCAAUUUAUUGUUCAAAAUUUCGUAGCCAAUGUUUUGGCGAAAAUAUUUGAAAAUUUUUGUACAUUCGAAAAUAAAACCUCAGAAGCUUUAAACUAUGAUGUAAGAUCAACUAAAUCAGCCAGUAAAUCUUGUACAACAGCAUCUAAAUCAGAAAUAUCCACAGCCUAUAAAUUAUUGAAAAGUAAAUUAUCUAUAACCAAGAACCAAGAUGAAAUUAUAACUAUCCUCUCAUCUGAAAAUUCAUGCGAGAUUACCUCGCCCAAGAAAAUUGACCAGCCAUUUUUAGCUAAUCUGACAUCCCAAGGAUUGACAUUAACCAACGAAUUAAAAGAAAAAUCUCAAGAACCAAUCAAAUUAAGAAAUACAAAAAUAUCACAAAAUUGCCAUUCCAAUUCACCACACAGGAUUAAUAUAGAUUUAAAUAGUAACCUCAUCGUCAAUAAUGCCAACAUUACAAGCACUAAAUUUCACGAGGACUCACAAGGAUCAACGAUAAUACCAGAAGAACCACCUAAUCAAGCUCACUCACUUCCUGAAGAACCAUUUGAUCCGGUUAGAGCUUCAGAAACAUUAAACAUGGGUUAUGAAAAUUUCGGCAAAGUGUUAACCGAGAGCAUAAAUUCUAUUAUAUCGAAAGAAAAGUCGCUAAUUUACGUUCCUAACGUUUCAAGCGAUAUGGGGAACAAAAAUAACGGGAGCGACCUGGCUGAACGUUACGAAUCGGCCAUUGAAUACAUCCAAACCGAAUUUUUGCACGAAAGUAUCUCGAGAGAGUUUCAUCAAAAGACGAGUACUCCUAAAAAAUCUCCAUUUUUUACGGAAAUGUAUAGGAAAAAUGAAAGCCAAUUAACUGGGAAUUUCCUGUCUGCCAGAGGAAGCAACAGCUUGACAAGAACAGAAGACUUGUUAGAAGAUGAUGCGACUAAUGAAGAGAUUUUGAAUAUAUGGGGAAAACCUAAAUCAAAAGUUUCUGAAAAUUUCGAGUCGGCUAGGGAUAGCUUUUACAGGUCAGAAUCAGACCAAACCUGCGUACAAGAUGAUGUAGCUGCUGAAGCAAUUAUUAAACAUCAAGAAAAAAUUAGUACAAUAAGAGAAGAUGAUGCCACUAUUACAGAAAUUGUAAAUGUAUUGGAGAACCUUCAAUCGAAAAUUUCAGUGAAUAAGCAGUAUACAAGGAAAAGCCCUUUUUUGCCAGGAUCACAAAAUGAAUUACUUGAUGUAACGAGUACACCUCAAGAAAAAGUUAGUACAGUUAAUGUCCCAAACGAAACCUUCCAGGAUAAUUUAACCAGCGAUCUUCAGUCUGCAAGGACAAGCAUUAACUUAACGGGAACCGAGGAUAAGUUACAAGGUGAUGCAAUUAACGAAGAAAUUGCAAACAUAUGGGAAAACCCUAAAUCGAAAAUUUCUGAGAACUUCGAAUCUGCGAGAGAAAGCCUUCACUGGUCAGUUUCAGAAAGAAUUUCACAAGAAGUUACAGCUACUGAUGCUUCAAGGGAACCUCAAGAAAAAAUUAGUUCUGUUGAUCUUAUAAACGAAAUGUUCCAGGAUAAUUUGACUAGUCACCUCACAAGAACAGAAGUUGAUGCAACUAAUGAAGAAAUUGCAAACGUAUGGGAAGACCCUAAAUCGAAAAUUUCUGAGAACUUCGAAUCUGCGAGAGAAAGCCUUCACUGGUCAGUUUCAGAAAGAAUUUCACAAGAAGUUACAGCUACCGAUGCUUCAAGGGAAUCUCAAAAAAAUAGUUCUGUUGAUCUUAUAAACGAAGUGUUCCGGGAUAGUCUGACUAGUCACCUCACAAGAACAGAAGUUGACGCAACUAAUGAAGAAAUUGCAAAGAUACGGGAAAGCCCUAAUCCAAAAGUUUCUGAAAAUAUCCAAUGUGUAAGGAAUUUCCAAUUUACAAAAGCCUUACAAGAUGGUGCAGGUAUUGGUACAUUGAGUCAACCCCAAGAAAAAAUUAGUACAGCUAUUACCCCAAACGAAACAAUACAGGAUUAUUUGACUAGUGAUUCCCAGUUUGCUAGGGCAAGCACUUGCUUGAUAAGAACAGAUGAAAUGCUACAAGAUGGAGCGCCUAAUGAAGAAAUUGUAAAUAAACGGAAAAAACCUACAUCAGAAACUUCUGAGAUUAUCCAGCAGUGUGUAGACGACAGUCUUUACUGGACAGAUUCACAAAAAACCUUAAAAUAUGACACACCUUCUGAAGCAUCAAGCGAACCUCUAGAAAAAAUAAGUUCUGUUCUGCCGAACGAAAACUUCCAGGUCGGCAAGACUUCAUCGAACUCGAACGAAUUUCCCAAAAUUCAAUCUCAGGUCGAAGAUAUAACAUCUAAAAAAAUAAUAACAAAAAACACCAAUCAAAACAGUUCCCACCACGAAGAAAUAGUAGAAACUACAAGAUACCAACGAAUUCAAAACAGGAACGAGAAAGGCAAAAAAAUCAAGAGACCAUUCGUGGAUAUCACUAGUAAAUACAAUAUCGAUACGAUUAAAACUCUCGAAGAACACGAGAAAAGGAUAAUGAUCGAGAAAACAAAGCAUCAGAUAAACCCUAUUAAGAACGAAGUGAAUUCAACAGAAAUUACAAAGAAGCGCUUACCAAAAGGUAAACAAAGAACUACUUCGAAAUCUUCCACUAAAAACAAUUUAGAUUUAAUCGAAACUGUAGAUGAAUACGAUGAAAGAAUAAGAACAGAAAAACGCACUAGAGUCGAUAAAUCCGCAUCGAUUACUACAAACAAUGAGGAAGGAAUUAAAGCAGUAGAAACGUCUAAAUAUUUAGUCGAGAAUCCUGUUACUAAUGAGCGCAAUUUACAAGCAAACGUAAUUACAGUUAUUGCCGAUGUUCACAUCCCUGCAGCUGUCAAUGAGCAGGAAAUGGAAGAAACCAUUCAAAACGCUACUGAAAAACCAAACGAAGAGGUCACGCAAACAUCUAUAAAUAUUAUAAGCGAUCAAAGGGUUGAUUUGGAUGAAAUUGAACACGAGAAGAGGCAAACAAAGGUCCAGUUAAACCCCAAUGAAAAUGAAAUAAACUCAACAAAGAUCAAAAAGAAACGAAAAAUUACUUCCAAACUGUCCACUAAAAACAAUUACGAUUUAAUCGAAACUGUAUCCGAUGUUCACAUCCCUUCAGCUGUUAAUGAGCAGAAAAUCGAAGAAACCAUUCAAAAAACUACUGAAAACCCAAACGAAGUGGUCACACAAACAUCUAUAAAUAUUAUAAGCGAUCAAAGGGUUGAUUUGGAUGAAAUUGAACACGAGAAGAGGCAAACAAAGGUCCAGAUAAACCCCAAUGAAAAUGAAAUAAACUCAACAGUAAUCGAAAAGAAACGAAAAAUUACUUCCAAACCUUCCACUGAACACAAUUACGAUUUAAUCGAAAUUGUAUCCGAUGUUCCCAUCCCUGCAGCAUUUAAUGAGCAGGAAAUCGAAGAAACCAUUCAAAACGCUACUGAAAAACCAAACGAAGUGGUCCCACAAACAUCUAUAAAUAUUAUAAGCGAUCAAAGGGUUGAUUUGGAUGAAAUUGAGCACGAGAAGAGGCUACAACCGGUCAAGAGAGGACAAAUAGAUGAUGAAGUUUCUACCGUUUCUACCGUUUUUCCUAAAAAAAGGAAGCGUAGAAAGCUGUACGAUCCAAGCAAUUCCUAUGAUGAUAUUAUAAACUUUGAAGAAACUACAGAAGAAACUAUGGAAGCGAAUCAAUUCACAAGUGCUAAAAGCCAAAGUAAUAGUAAAACUGACAUUGCUAAAAAGGAUACAACUAAGAAAAAAACUACCAAGAAAUCCCCUACUAAAAAAACUACCGCAAGAAAAACUACUGGCAAAAGAGCUGCUAGGUUAGCUUAUUUCGCGAGGGAGGAUUCUUAUAAUUUUAAAAGAAAAUACCUGUUCAAGAUAAAAUCGACAACGAAGGAUCAAAGGAAGGAAAAACGUUCGCUUUCAAACAGAAAAUUCUAUGACAUUUGUCCUGAUACAUCAAAUUUUAAAUCUCCAACGAAAUUGCGAGGAAUUCGUUUCGAAAAAGUGAUAAGUCCCCUUCACGGUACACCUAAGAAGCCUUUUGGAUUCGAUCUCCAUCAUCGAUAUAGCAAGAAAUUGGAAAAUGGCGACAAUUUGUUCAUUCUCGAUGAAAAAUACUUUGAAGACAAGUCCCUCUUAUAUAAGGAAAUCUGGAAUUGGUCAGCCGAAAGUUACUACAAAGGAAAAUUCGUGAAGAUCUACCCCAACGAUUAUUUUGGAAAAUACCUCCUAAUCCUGUUUUAUCCGCUCGAUUUCGGUCAAUUGCCCCACUGUGAAGCCCCCAAGGAGGUCAUCGAAAUCAACGAAAACUACGAACAGUUUACCCGCUUGAACACCGAACUCCUUUGUUGUUCAGUUGACUCGGUUUCCACACACAAACGUUGGAUCGAAGGUCUGAAAAUCAAGGAUCUCAAAUUCCCUCUCUUAGAAGAUACUACUCAUGCAAUAUCGAAUGAAUUUAAAGUGUAUUGCUCUCCUUUUGAACAUUCCUACAGGUUGUUAUUUAUUU